AUGUGGCGGUUGAACCAAAUAGUAGCUCCUUGGGAACAUGACAAUUUAUCAUCAACUUCUCUUUUUCAUCCCAUUUCACUUCCUCAGCAACCACAGUUAUUAUCAUCUCUAGGAGCUUUGAAUGACUUUCAUAAAUCCAAAGAAACAAUACAUAAAGAUGUGAUUUUCAAAAUGCCAAUUGAAAGUACCGACACAAACACUCAAAAUAAGACUAACACUUCUUUGUAUGAAAAAAUUACAGAGGGUAGUAAAGAAAAUAAAGAGAUUAUUCGUUCUCAUUGUAUUGAAGCAAUCAAAAAAUAUCAGAUGGCUUAUGAUGAACUUGAAAAUGAAAUGAAAGGAAAUAUGCUUGAUAACGUCACAAUAAAACAAUUAAAUGAUAUAAAAGAAGUAACAAAAAUGGCUGUAUCAGUAUUAAAUAUGUUAGACUCUAGACAAGAAGAACAAAGUUCCAUACUAAUUACUAAUGUGUUAGAUAAAAAAUAG